AUGGCUGAGCCUUCCCAUGCCCGCCUCGGCGUUGACAGCAUCACGCGGCCCAACCAACGCCUAGUGUUUGCUGGAAUGCCCGUUAUUGUCCCUUGGCCAUUUGGGGCCCCCUUCCCGUUGGAUCUGGAUUUCUUGGCUGAUGCAUUUGAGGUCCCGGAUGCGGUCCCCCCGCUCCAGCGGCUCUGGCUCGACACGGUCCACUACAACUUCUUGUACAACGAAGGCUUCUCGGUGACUGUGGAAGGGGGACCCCUCUUCCAUGUUCCCUUUAUUGAGGAAGACUUCACCGCAGCCAACCCCCCCUGGUUCCUCAUGUGA